AUGUCGUGCCGCUACGUGAGGAAACUUCACGACUGUAUAGUAUUCGAUGGGAAGAGGCGGGACCGAGACGGCGGGACGGGGGACUCAGCCAGCAUGUCAUCGGCAGGUGCAUUCUAUCACCUGGCCAACUGGAAGGUGAUCCUGUGGGUGCUGUCCUCUCUGCUGGCCCUGGUGGAGGGCGUCAAGCCUGGAGGUCAAAGGUCGGAGCACGGCAACGCCGUGAGGCUGGCGGCGCACCACUGGCCCUCCGGCGUGCCCGAUAUCGAGGAGCUGGGCGACGGGUCCGACCUUCACUCCUUCUGGGGCGGCUCCAUCGGGGGCCCCUCGCCGCCCGACACUGAGGGGGACCGGCCGAGCCGGUGGGAGCGCUCUCCCUCCGAGGCCGCGCCGUCCAGGGGAUCUCGCAAGAACCGGAGGAGGCCCAAGAGCAGCCGGGACUGCCGGCUGGAGAAGAGGCAGAUGAGGGUCCGGGACCUGGGGCUGGGCUUCGACUCCGACGAGAUCGUCCUCUUCAAGUACUGCGCGGGCAGCUGCCACAGCGCCCGCCAGAACUACGACCUGGCCCUCAAGGCCAUGCUGGAGAACGGCAGCCUCCCCAAGCACUCCGCCAAGAGGCUGAGCACCCACCCCUGCUGCCGGCCCACCCGCUACGAGACGGUGUCCUUCAUGGACGCGCAGACCACCUGGAGGACCAUAAAAUGGCUGUCGGCUGCCAACUGCAGCUGCGUGGGGUGA